CUUGAGAGGAGCGGAGUUGUUGACGGAGAGGGAGGAGGACGGCUGAGAGGAGAAGACACACUGGAGACAAAACAGCACUUAAACAGGAGGAAACACCACAAUAAACAUGGCGUCGGGGGACACCCUGUACAUAGAGACCGACGGGUCGGACAUGCCUGCGGAAAUAGUGGAACUACACGAAAUCGAAGUAGAGACAAUCGAGACAACAAUAGUUGGAGAUGAGUGCGACCACCAGCCGAUGAUCGCGCUACAGCCGCUGGACGACCCGGACUCCAUGCACCCGCACCAGGAGGUGAUCCUAGUGCAGACCCGGGAGGAGGUGGUGGGAGAGGACGACUCCGAGAUGCACCCGGAGGACUACGAGGACCAGAUCCUCAUCCCGGUGCCCGCCGCGGAGGACGACUACAUCGAGCAGACGCUAGUCACCGUGGCCGGGAAGAGCUCGGGCCGAAUGAAGAGGGCUGGCAGCGGGAAGAGAGCGGGCAAGAAGAGCUACAUGAGCGGGGGAGAGAUGGGCCGCAAGUGGGAGCAGAAGCAGGUCCAGAUCAAGACCCUGGAGGGGGAGUUCUCCGUCACUAUGUGGUCCUCGGACGACAAGAAGGACAUAGACCAUGAAGAACAAAUCGCAGGAGAGAACUCGCCUCCUGAUUAUUCCGAGUACAUGACGGGGAAGAAGCUUCCUCCAGGAGGCAUCCCAGGCAUCGACCUGUCGGACCCCAAACAGCUGGCAGAGUUUGCACGAAUGAAGCCAAGAAAAGUAAAAGAAGACGAUGCACCCAGGACGAUAGCUUGUCCACACAAAGGAUGUACCAAGAUGUUCAGGGACAACUCAGCGAUGAGGAAGCACUUGCAUACCCACGGGCCUCGCGUGCACGUCUGUGCCGAAUGUGGCAAAGCCUUUGUGGAGAGUUCAAAACUGAAGAGGCAUCAACUUGUACACACAGGAGAGAAACCUUUCCAGUGCACAUUUGAGGGCUGUGGCAAACGCUUCUCUCUGGACUUUAACUUGCGCACACAUGUGCGAAUUCACACUGGAGAUCGGCCGUAUGUGUGUCCGUUUGAUGGCUGCAACAAAAAAUUUGCCCAGUCAACCAACCUGAAGUCUCACAUCCUCACACACGCCAAAGCCAAAAACAACCAGUGAACCAGGCUCACGGCGAGCGGGAGCACACACCAGAGGAUCUGACCUGCAACUCUGCUCCUUGACAGACUGACUAAUGUCCCGUGGCCUGCUUUAUGACAUAAGAAGUCCCCUUUGUAUCGUCCCUAGAUAAAGGUUUGAACUGAGAAAUGACCUUUUCUCAAACUUUUUGAUAUACACAUGGAGGGUUUGAACAAGCUACUUGUGAGAAUCCCGACUCCCUCAGGCCUCCUGCUCGACCAUUGCGCUACCUGGAUGGAUCAGUCUACGGUUUUCUUCUUGUGAAGAUGUUAAUUCAUGGAUCUGCACCUAAAAACUUAUUUAUACGUUAACACAACCAGAAAAAAAGGUUUUUGCAAUACAAGUCAAAUUUGCAUCGAUCCUUAGCAAUGACACCUUUUCAAUUUUGUACUGCUCCCUGAGUGUGCAUAUUGUACACUGUUUGACAUAAGCUCUGUGGUAAUGUGUGUAGUAAGAGUGUCCCGGUUUGUUUUACCUGCCCCUUUUCCCAUCGUUUGUAUGUGUGUUUCAAGGGUGGACUUUGCAUAUUUUCGUUUUGUACGCAAUAUCAAAUCAUGUAGAUAAUAGCCAUGUAAUUUUCAAUAGUCAUCACUGAUUAAAUAUGUUUUUUCCCCUUG